AUGGCAAUUCCUUGUUUUUCUCAUGGCUACGAUCCUGAUUACGAAAGCAGCCUUAGUUCCUUGAUUAGCAGUUUGGCUGACUCAUCACCUUUAUCAGGUCGAGAAGAUGAUGGUGAUGACGACGAUGAUGUUUAUGAUGAUGAUGAAAGCCAUGAUAUUGAACACGAUGGGCCUCAAGUUAAUGGGGCUGUUAACAUCGAGCCAUCUCAAGAACUGCAGUCAGCAGAAGAACAGCUGCACUCCUUGCAAAGUGGUUAGUAUGAAGAUAAAGAAAUCUUGUCAUCUUUACAUUUGCACCAGUCUUUUCAAAGGGGUUUUUUCUUGAUAGAUGUCCUUAAGGGCGUGUUCGAUUAAGCGUAUUCCAAAACAAGUAAUAAAUGGAAUAUGACUUGUUUGGCAGUCAUUGCUUUGCUAUUUCUAAAAUUCUGCUUGAAAUAAAAUAUUCCGAUCCGUGGGGGACUCUGCAUAUGAAAGGGGUGGGGAUGCUCGUCGGAAAUUUUGAAUGAAAACCCUAAAGGAGACCGAUCUAGGCGUGGCCCAAGCUUUUUUUGACCCCUAAAAGAGACCAUGUUAAAACACAGACAAAUGAUCUGAGAAAACUUGGAUUAUAUGAAUGGAGUCAAUAAAACGAUAUCAAAUAUACAUUUUUAUAUUUUUUCGCGUGCAACCCUAAACGAGACCUUCACGGCUAAAUAUGAUGGCGUUUUGCCCAGAACACCCUAAGUGAGACCAAAAUCCAAAAUUUACACCCCUAAGCGAGACGACGAGCACCCCCACCCCUUUUAUAUGCGGAGUCCCCUCCCUCCCUCCCCGGGAUUCCGAUGUACAUGUAUGUAACGUUUAAAUGGUCCAAAAAUUACAGUAGAAGAGAUUUGCAACAAGACUUUUGAGUAUCUUCUUAUUUCGGAAUAGAAUCAAUUGAACGCACCCUUAGCAACCAAAUCACGGUCUCAUAACAAACAACGAUGAUUCCUGAGUAUUCUAAUUUAUACAAUUUGAGUUUAACUUGAAAAAAGUUUAUGUGAGUGCAGAUUUUCUAGUUGAUUUAGCUACAAUCACUUUUAUGCGUCGCCAACUCUGCUCAUUCAUUGCCCUUUAGAGUUUUUCUUCGGUUCUAAGUGGUUGUUUGAUAUUUUCCUCUACCUGUGACCAGUUUUAAAACUGCAUGAUCCAGUCACAUAAACUAUUAUCAUCUCACUCACUUCUCGGGAAAGUAUAGGCCAGGUGUGGGACAUCGAUUCACCAAGAUAUAUUUACCGGGUAUAAAGUUGUUUCGCCCAAAAGUCAUUUCGCCUGGAAUAGGGUUGAUUCGCCUAGUGUUAGCAUUUACCGUAGGUUAAUUAUAACCAUGGAGACGUUCAAAGGAAGUGGCAAGCCAUGACAGCUGCCUAAUGCAGUAGUGUUUAUCGCGACUUUCCUGAGUAGCAGUAAAAUAGCCAAUGACUUCCACGGUCGCCUAAUUUUGACUUGCGUACGUGCGUAAAUUAAAAAAAGAGGCAAUGUAUCAGUGAAACGUCGCGCUUAAACGUAAGAGUUGACUGAGGUUCAAGUUUUAUGCUUACGAACGACAUUCCCUGCAACGUUACCCUGGGUGCCAGAGGCUUUUCAUGCGCGGUUUCAGGUUUGCGUUAAGUCUUUUAAAAUGACCUGCGCAAAAAGCUUCGCCGUUCGUGUCUUCGGCCUUUGGCCAAAGACGUUUCGGCCUGCGACGGACGAAGCUCCUCGUCGCACGCGAGAAAAAACGUCUGGCACCUAGGGUGCUGCAUCGUCUCUAAUGCACGUAAAAUUUAUGUGCGUACGUGACAGUGGAAAUCCACCUUGAGAGUGGCUAUGAAAUCUCCCGCGUAAAAGGCGCACUGCACGCGGAAAGCACAGUGCGGAACAAACUCAAGUGUGACCGUUUUUACCACGGUGUGAAAAAAAAGCCCGAUAAAUGUACCGCAAGAGAAAAAACGGGGUUAUUGCUUUUGAAUUGUGGCAAUAAACAUGUCUUUUUCUGUUCCAAGAGCUAUUUCGGAGCUUGUCAGGCGAAGAGCUGGAGAGACUGGUCUUAAACGGCAUUGCUGAAAAUUCCAGUAUGACGGAUAAUGACAUCAAUCUACUGAGCGGUCAGGAGGAUUUUGAUCUUGAAAGCUUAAUUGGUAGGUAGCUUCAGAAUACAUUGGAACCUCUAUUCAGGGAACACCCUCGGGACCAAGGGUGCUUACCAUUUGACAGAAAAAUCGAGCCAUGUCCAGCCCUGGCCAUGAAAUCCAGAGUUUCUUCACUUCUUACUUAGUUCCACACUUCUCAGAGGUGUGGAAGUGUGGAGCAGUCUGACAAAGUAAGGAUAUUGUCGCACUUUUCCCCCAGUCAUGAACCCUUUCUCAUUCUUUACUUAGUUCUACACUUCCCAGAGGCGUUGAAGUGUGGAAAAGUCCGACAAAGUAAGGAUAUUGUCGCACUUUUCCCCCAGUCAUGAACCCUUUGUCGUUCUUUACUUAGUUCCACACUUCUCAGAGGUGUGGAAGUGUGGAAUAGUCCGACAAAGUAAGGAUAUUGUCGCACUUUUCCCCCCGUCAUGAACCCUUUCUCUUUCUUUACUUAGUUCUACACUUUCCAGAGGUGUGGAAGUGUGGAAUAGUCCGACAAAGUAAGGGUAUUGUCGCACUUUUCCCCCAGUCAUGAACCCUUUGUCGUUCUUUACUUAGUUCUACACUUCUCAGAGGUGUGGAAGUGUGGAAAAGUCCGACAAAGUAAGGAUAUUGUCACACUUUUCCCCCAGUCAUGAACCCUUUGUCAUUCUUUACUUAGUUCUACACUUCCCAGAGGUGAGGAAGUGGGGAAAAGUCCGACAAAGUAAGGAUAUUGUCGCACUUUCCCCCAGUCAUGAACCCUUUGUCAUUCUUUACUUAGUUCCACACUUCUCAGAGGUCUGGAAGUGUGGGAUAGUGUGACAAACUAAGGAUAUUGCCGCACUUUUCCCCCAGUCAUGAACCCCUUGUCAUUCUUUACUUUGUUGCACACUUCUCAGAGGUCUGGAAGUGUGGAAUAGUGUGACAAAGUAAGGAUAUUGUCGCACUUUUCCCCCUGUUAAGAACCCCUUGUCAUUCUUUACUUAGUUCCACACUUCUCGGAGGUGUGGAAGGGUAGAAUAGUAUGACAAGUUGAGUUUAAUGUCACACUUUCCCUGAGUCACGAGAAGCUCAGUGCGCUUUAUGAGCACUUUUAUUUCUGUAUGGUUUUUUACAUUUUUCCUCAAGAAAUAUUUUUAUUUUGAAUAGCAGAUAUAACCAUUAUUUCAAUACCAGCCGUUGAAAGAAACUUAAAGUUAAGAAAUCCGAUCUCCAACCAAGCUUUCUUCCUUAUCAGUACGGAUUCAAAUUUGAUCAUUGUUAGAUCACGCCAUAUAUUCACUGUUUCGUAGUUUUUCCUCUUCUCUAAGAUUAAGUAAAUUCUGGACAUAAAUUAUGAAAUAGGCAAAGUGUCCUCUGUUCAUUUUCCUUGUCAUUUUUGCAUAGUUUGACAGCUAAGAGAAGGAAUGCUCGCAAACUUCUGUGUCAAUCUGUAGGUGGAACACAAAGAGGUCAGAUGACAACAUCAAAACGUUUGUAUCGCUUCAUGCUAGAAUGCACUUGUAUGCUACGAAAGGAUUAAUGACCGUGAUUAAAUAACUUAGUAAGUGAUAGGAUGAAAAUAAAUUUGUUCUGGCCAACGACCCCAAAAAUGAAUCUCAGAUCGUUCUAGUACUAAAAAAAUUAAUAACAAUUGCUCACCGCAUCUUUUCCCUCUCAUUACCCCUUUGAGCUCUUCUCAGUUGUUUGCGUUGCAGGCGAGUGGCUCAAGGCCAAAAAACCUCGAAAAAGAAUUCACCUUAGAGUGACUCUCUAAAGACGAAGAGGAGGGUGGAACAUGCAAAUAUUUUUGUCACGUGCCGCAGAGAUAACAUAAAUAUUGCCGACCCUAUAACACGCACCUAAACAGUGAUCCCCCUUUUCCACAGACAGAUCUGCAGGUAGCUACUCUAGGCCGAUAAGACACAAUUAUUACUUUAUACAGUAUGCUAUAUAUUUUUAGAGGAAUUUAUCCUAACUUUGUCAGACUAUUCCACACUUCCACACCUCUGAGAAGUGUGGAACUAAGUAAAGAAUGACAAGGGGUUCGUGACAAGGGGAAAAGUGUGACAUUAUCCUAACUUUGUCAGACUAUUCCACACUUCUACACCUCUGAGAAGUGUAGAACUAAGUAAAGAAUGACAAGGUGUUCGUGACCAGGGCACCUCUGAGAAGUGUAGAAGUAAGUAAAGAAUGACAAGGUGUUCGUGACCAGGGGAAAAGUGUGACAUUAUCCUUACUUUGUCAGAUUUUUCCACACUUCCACACCUGUAAGAAGUGUGGAACUAAGUAAAGAAUGACAAGGGGUUCGUGACCAGGGGAAAAGUGUGACAUUAUCCUUUCUUUGUCAGACGUUUCCACACUUCCACACCUGUAAGAAGUGUGGAACUAAGUAAAGAAUGACAAGGGGUUCGUGACCAGGGGAAAAGUGUGACAUUAUCCUAACUUUGUCAGACUAUUCCACACUUCUACACCUCUGAGAAGUGUAGAACUAAGUAAAGAAUGACAAGGUGUUCGUGACCAGGGGAAAAGUGUGACAUUAUCCUAACUUUGUCAGACUUUUCCACACUUCCACACCUCUGAGAAGUGUGGAACUAAGUGAAGAAUGACAGAGGUUUCGCGACCAGGGGAAAAGGGUGACAUCAUCCUGACUUUGUCAGACUAUUCCACACUUCUACACAUCUGAGAAGUGUGGAACUUGGGAUGAGAAAGGAAUGUAGGGUUAUUUUACACUUCUUCACCUCAGACAAGUGUAGAACUAAGGAUGAAAAAAGAAAGUAGGGAUCUUGUGGCCAGCGCUGGACAUUUGUGGAAAAAUCCGGGUGGGGGUGUCGAAAGCACAAUGGUAAGCGAUUUACCAGUUUACCGUAGAAACGCCACAUCCGUUACGGUUUGAAUCCAAAAAAAGGGCGAAUUUGUGUAGCGUGAGUCUGGAACCGAGAAGGAACCGGUUAAUGGUAAGCAACAUUCCGUUUGGUUCGUACCAGCCGGAAUGAUCAGACUACCUCAAAACGUACUCCUCAAUUUUCGGUUGGAAUUUCCGAAAUUUCCCGUCAAAUGGUAAGCACCCCAAGGCAAAUGCUCCAUGAAUAGAGGUUUCCUGGGGUGGGGUUUGUCAAUAAUUAUGCAAGAAAUAAAAUAUUUUUCUUUUAUUUUGCCUUGGAACAGAUCUGUUGUAGUCUUAAUUGAAGUAGCAAGAUAAUGUAUAAAAAAACAUGAUUAACUUAUCUCUGCGAUAUCUUGUGUUGAAUUCCGCCCUACAAGCGCAGUACGUCGAUCAAUUUAAGUGAAUGGAGGCCAUUGCCCAUUAAUAGAUACAGUGAAAUCCGCCCUACUGCCACCUCGGUAAUACGGUCACCUCGUUUUUACAGCUACUUUAUUAUGGCCGCCUGGCAAAACGGCCAUACAUUUUCUUGUAAAACAACCUCGUUAAUACGGUCACCCAUUAAUGCGGCCAAAUUUUUGUGGCCAUUUGGUGACCGUAUUAACGGUGUUCCACUGUAUGUUCUUAUUUACCUCUAGGUCAAAUCAAUUUGGAUAGCAGUGUGACAUCUGAGUGGUCAUAUUCUAUGUCAGGUACAGACUAGACUCGCCGUUAAUGUAGUUAUUAGAGAGUUUAACUAAUCUCGGUGAUGGCGCAUAUUUCCCUUUCGUAAACGGUCGUUGCCAUUUUUAACGGACGGUGCCACCAUUGGUAACCAAGCCUUAAGUCGUGAUAGAUGUAAUAUAUUUCCCGGAUUAAGUUGCAAUAAGGCAAAUAAUUCGCUGUUGAAUAGUCUUAAGAAAGAGCGACGUGGACGCCAAAGUUCAACUUCCGUUGAAACUUAUGGCAAGGGCUUGGGUUACCUGUUAUUGAUGUGUCAGUUAAGAACGACAGUUUGCUAGUUCAUGUACUUACGUUUUUCGGAAUUUUGGCCGGUCGAUGUCGUAGUGUAGUGGUAAGGGAGAGAGAUUAAGAUACGAAAGUUCCGGUUUGGAGGUUUCGCCUCCACUGCCUUGGUUUACAACUUUUCUUUCUCUUAGUGAACCUUAAAGUGGCCCUUAAGAAUAUCGCUCCAGGAAAAUUUGGCAAAUUGUGCUAUGCACCUGUAUAAGUGGCGUUUUUACUGCCGUCGCCGUCGAUUAGUAGAUGUUGGGCUGAUUUAGCAACAGAACGGGAACGUCAUUUGACGACGGCAAAGCGCGGGAAAAGGACUAAACUCUACUUCCGGUGCUCAAUUUGCCGCUCUGCCUUUGGUCAAGCCAGUUGUUNAAUCUCGGUGAUGGCGCAUAUUUCCCUUUCGUAAACGGUCGUUGCCAUUUUUAACGGACGGUGCCACCAUUGGUAACCAAGCCUUAAGUCGUGAUAGAUGUAAUAUAUUUCCCGGAUUAAGUUGCAAUAAGGCAAAUAAUUCGCUGUUGAAUAGUCUUAAGAAAGAGCGACGUGGACGCCAAAGUUCAACUUCCGUUGAAACUUAUGGCAAGGGCUUGGGUUACCUGUUAUUGAUGUGUCAGUUAAGAACGACAGUUUGCUAGUUCAUGUACUUACGUUUUUCGGAAUUUUGGCCGGUCGAUGUCGUAGUGUAGUGGUAAGGGAGAGAGAUUAAGAUACGAAAGUUCCGGUUUGGAGGUUUCGCCUCCACUGCCUUGGUUUACAACUUUUCUUUCUCUUAGUGAACCUUAAAGUGGCCCUUAAGAAUAUCGCUCCAGGAAAAUUUGGCAAAUUGUGCUAUGCACCUGUAUAAGUGGCGUUUUUACUGCCGUCGCCGUCGAUUAGUAGAUGUUGGGCUGAUUUAGCAACAGAACGGGAACGUCAUUUGACGACGGCAAAGCGCGGGAAAAGGACUAAACUCUACUUCCGGUGCUCAAUUUGCCGCUCUGCCUUUGGUCAAGCCAGUUGUUUGAUUUGCCCGCGCCGUCGUCAACUGACGUUCCCGUUCUAUUGCAAAAUCAGCCUGUUGUUCGGGAAAUGAGCCGGCUCUCCUCCUGAGCAACAAGACCGGAGCUUAGAGGGUGGCGGAAGCCGUUGUGGUUGCUUAAGCUCCCGCGGAAGGUGUUAAAAGAGAGUAUCGCCGGAAUUCUCCGAAAGCUCCGUGUAUAUUAUUAAGUUAGAAUUAUAAAGCCUCACUGGUUGACAAAACACGACUCUCUUUGUACAACAGGAGAAAGACAAAGUAUUCAUCUUCUUAGACGCAAGCAAAUCAAAAUCGAUGAAUUUUACAUAACAGACCUUUCAAAAUCGAAAAUUCCAGCUGACGUUUUCAAGUUUUUAGUCUAGUUUUGGCUCAUCUUAGAAUACGUGUUUAGAGGAGGAGCGUUGCGUGACGAGACAAAAACGGCUGCGUUGGAGACUACUUACUAAUAGGUGUCUUAAGUUAAAUCUUAUAUUCUCAUUUAAACGGUACUCCCCCCCUUCCCAUGCUGCCCUUCCCCUGUUGCCUAGGGGAAAGGGAGGAUUGCGUGACGAGCUGAAAGAACGUCUGCGUGGGAGGUUACCCGUUGCCCCGGGUCAAAUAAAAUUUCCUGUGAAUGUACUUCUGAUACUCUGUGCUGUGUAAUGUUUCUCAGACCUGACCAAGCUUCAUAUCAAGAACAGUGAUGGGGACCUAAUGUUUACAAUACGUGAUCGACCUACCACCACCUAUGGCAGCCUGGGAAGAGACCAUCAUGGAAAUGUAAGAGCUGAAAAGAUCAAUUUGAAAGCCUUUUUAUAACAUGAAUAUUAAAGCUACAAUCGGCGACAAAAUUAGUUGAGACACUUCACCUUAAAGGGCCUCUCAAACGUUUUAUAAACUUAAAAAAGGGAAAAUGAGCUUUCUCUCCCCCCAUCCCCUCCAUGCAAUGUUGUGCCGCUGUUUCAGCUACCUAUAGAAAACAACAAACAUCUCAGCUUUGAAUGGAGGGGACAGAGGAGGGGUGUGGAUUGUUUGUUCUCCGACGUUACCCCAUCUAAGGACAAUGUCUUGACAAUUUUGUCGCCGAUUCAGAUUGUAGCAAAACUACAAAAACAAACAAACAAAACUAUAGCUGAAAUGGACACAAUCCAUGAUCGACUGAAUGGCGUGGUGGCAUGAUGGCAUGAUUUUGAUAUGACAGGGAUCAUUUUUUUUUUGUCAUUAUUACUAGAACCACCGUAUACAGCAUAAUAAACACUACCACAGGAAAGUACUGCUCAGUAGCUUUCAUUUGAAUGGACACACUAAAAGAUGUCAUCCACAGACUCAAAAGUUAGAACCACCUUGUACGACAAUUUAAACAGUACCACAGAAAAGUGCUGUUCAGUAGCUUUCGUUUGAAUGGUCACACUUUAGGGUUUUUAUCCACAGACUCAUCUUGUUCGGCAUGAUAAACAGUACCACAGGAAAGUACUGCUCACUAGCUUUCAUUUGAAUGGUCACACUUUAGGAUUUCAUCCACAGACUCAAAAGUUACAACCAUCUUGUACCGAAAGAGUAUUGCUCAGUACUGCUCCUGUUUUUUUACACUUAAGGAGUUCAUCCUCUGACUUGAAAAAUUGAAAUCGCCUUGUAGGUCUCUUGAUUUGGCGUAGGACCCGACAUUUAGUUUUCCUAACCAACGCAGAGUGUACAGUGCUAAUUUAACUGUUUUUGUGAUCAGAUUGCCUCCGUGUUAAGGAUUGAAGCCUUCGCGUUAACUAGUGAUGACGGCUUUCCCCUGGAUGUCCAUGCAGAGAUUGGAGAAGAAGAGCAAUCUGUAAGGGUUGUCCGUGCGCAUGACACAGACCGCUGGGAGCCUUACCGCUGGAGAGUUGAUGUUCACGGGCUCGUAGAACAAUGGACCAAUUUUUGA